AUGUGGUUAGUCAGUGAGCGUCGGGGCCGAGCCGACGGCGACGGGUCUGAGCACGAGGCUCGGUCUGGGGAGCGCUGGUCGCUGAGCCAGCGCGCCGCCAGCACGGUGGAGUUCAAGAGCGCGGCGUGCGCGGGGGCUGCCGAGCCACCCGCGCCGCCCCUGCCUGCGCUGCCCGACCCGCAGCAGUUCAACAUCUUCCCGGCCUUCUUCAGCCGGCAGCUCAACUUCACGAGCAGCGGGGGCUGCGCACAGGGCGCUAAGAUCAUGGAGGAGCUGCGCCCCAACUUGGUUGGAGGGUUACUGGGAGUUGGAGGGUUGCUGGACGAGCAUCAGUCGGAUGCCAAGUUCUUGCCAUCCGGGGAGAGUAAAUACACGCCUGAAAAGGGUCGCAAGUGCAGUAAUGCUUCGUCAUCUUCAGCUGAAGAGUUUGGCGCGCUGUACGGCGACCACGCUGCGACGCCGCCUGCGCCGCCACUCUCGCGCUCGCUACAGGAUCACACAGCGGAAGGCGCAUUCAAAAAAUUAAAACCGGAGCCGGGUGGGAACGGCAAUUCGGGCACUUCGGGUGGCUCGGCACUAUCACCAGCGCUGGGACCGCAGCACGCGGGCCACACGCCCACCACCGCCUCAUGCCCUACUCCUGCACGCCGGCGGCAUCGAACUACCUUCACACAGGAACAGUUAGCAGAAUUAGAAGCAGCAUUUGCGAAGUCCCACUAUCCUGACAUCUACUGCAGAGAAGAGCUGGCGCGGACCACCAAACUUAACGAGGCGAGGAUACAGGUCUGGUUUCAAAACCGACGCGCCAAGUACCGCAAGCAGGAGAAGCAGUUACAGAAGGCUCUGGCGCCGGCGGUGCUGCCGGGCUGCAACGGCAUGAUGCGCAACAUACAGGGCUACCGCGGCUACCAGCCCUACCCGCACCCCAACACCAUCAACCGGUACCCGCAGAUGGGCGGCGGCUCUUACCCCAUGCCGCAGGGCUUCUCUAUGGGCCACGGGGCUAACAUGAGCGCCGUUGGUAUGCGCCAGGAUACUAUGGGUAUGAGCGCGGAGGACGAGUGGUACAACAAGUCUCUUUCGGCGCUGAGGAUGAACAGUGGUCACCACGCGAACCUGGCGGCGGCGCCCAUGCUGCAGUACCAGACCUAA